AUGGCACCCCCGUCCUCGGAACCCAGCAAGCGCAAGGCGACGGAGAAACCCGUCUCGCCUCCGCCGGUGAAGCGCAAGGCCCGUAGCAACAUAUCGAAGGAAAACGUCGCACAGUUCUUCACCCCCGUCUCCGAGAAGCAGCCCGACCUCGUCACCUGGAGCGAGCGCACCCCCGAAGGCGAGACGCGUCCCACCCUGCUCGUCGGCCGCUAUCAGCCCGAGGACGUGGGCGAAGCCGACAAGAAGGAGAGGAGGAAGAUAGCCGCAUUCGAUCUGGACUCGACGUUGAUCACGACAGAGUCGGGCAAUAUAUUCCCCAAGGACGACCAGGACUGGCAAUGGUGGGAUGCAAGCGUGCCGUCUCGCCUGCGGCGGCUAUACAGAAAGGAACACUACCGCAUUGUGAUCUUUAGCAACCAGGGCGGCAUAGUGUUGCGCGCGGACCCGAAGGUCAAGGGGUCCGAGAAGAAGCAGGAGAGAGCAAGCGCCUUCAAGCGGAAGUGCACUGCCGUGCUCAAGGCCCUCGACAUACCGGUCUCGCUCUACGCGGCGGCGGAGCACGACGUCUUCCGCAAGCCGCGCACCGGCAUGUGGGCCGAGUUCUGCCGCGACUACGGCAUUUCGGCGGACGCGAUCGACCGCGCCCGCAGCGUCUUCGUCGGCGACGCCGGCGGCCGCGGCGCGCGCCCGAAGAGCGGCGACGGGACCCCCGCCAUCCGCAAGGACCCCAGCUGCGUCGACCGCGACUUCGCGCACAACCUCGGCCUCGCCUACAAGGAGCCCGAGGACUACUUCCACGGCGACGCGCCCCGCGAGUUCACCCGGGCCUUCGACCUCGCCGCGCACCCGUACACCGAGCCGGACGCGCAGGCCGCCGGCGUCGCGUUCGAGAAGACGAACGAGAAGGACGUCGUCCUGUUCUGCGGCCCCCCCGGCGCCGGCAAGAGCACCUUCUACCAGCGCUACCUGGAGCCGCUCGGCUACGAGCGCGUGAACAUGGACCUGCUGAAGACGCGCGAAAAGUGCUUCAAAGCUGCGGCGGAGCUCCUCCGCGACGGGAGCUCCGUAGUUGUCGACAGCACGAACCCCGACCCGGAAGGCAGGAAGAAGUGGAUCGAUCUCGCGCGGGACCACGGCGUGCCCAUCCGCUGCCUCUGGUUCGACGUGCCCAAGGAAGUGUGCCAGCACAACGACGCCGUCCGGGCGUUCAACAAGUCGCUGAACCCCGAGGCCCGCACGGUGCUGCCCGUGGUCGCGUGGAACACGUUCUUCUCGCGCCUGCGCCCGCCCCAGGCCGCGGCCGAGGGCUUCCAGGACGUGCGCCGCGUCCCGUUCGCGUUCCGCGGCUCCCGCGACGAGUACGCCGUCUGGGCCCGCUACUGGUACUGA